AUGGGUUCCAAGAAAAUUCUCUUUUGCAUUUUCUUGGCAGUGAUUCUUCUAAUUACUUCAGAAGUAGCAGCAGCUAGAGAAAUGGCUGAGACUUCUAACUCUCAAGAAGUUGAGAAGAAGACUAAUGGUGGUAAUGAAGCCAAAUAUCCAUAUCCUGGAGGAGGUGGAGGCGGUUAUGAAGACCCACCAGGCUACGUAGCAAAUCCAUAUCCAUAUCCUGGAGGCCCUCCCGGUGGAUUCCCGACGGGUUUGACGCCGAGCAGAUUUGGCAGCAAGUUAACCUGGAAGCCCAACCCCUGCUCCUCUCCCUCCACCGCAAUAUCAAACACUUUGAUAAAAACCCUGAAGAGAUUGAGAAACGAUUCGACUUGGGGAGAGAGACCUUUAGGGAAAAUCGAAAAGAAGAGACUGACGAUGGGAAUGGGGAUGUGCUUAGUUCGUCUUUUUUUUUCUUUUUUGAAAUUGGGCUGCCUACCAUUGCCCUGUUGUGGCACUUGGUUUUGGCGAAAUUAG